GUUCUACGCAUCCUCGCAGUUUUAUCUUUAGGAAUAUCGGUGAAUACUUACCAACAUAAGUUCUUUUCCCAAAGUUUGGAUACUGAACCAUCGCUAUCGAUUCAAUACGCUCGCGACAAGACAAGUGACGUCAUAACCCAGGAGUGCCUCAUGGAAAUGUACCCGCGCAAUUUAUAUAAAUAUCCUCUUCGUAUUGACAGAAAUGAUAUACCGUGCAUCAUUCAUUGUGUGCUAAAGAAGUUUGGUAUCAUGUCGAACGAUGGUAUAAUAAAUAUACGGAACUACUACAAGAGGGUUCAGGCGAUACAUAGGUAUGAUCCGAGGAUUUUGAUAUCGGAUGUCGGCGAUACAUGCGCUCAAAAUAUAAACGGGAUGAAUUUGGAUCACGAUGUGUGUAAGAAGGCGAAAGUUUUUAAUGACUGCACUCAGCUCUAUGUGAUUUCGUACAGAGAUCCGGAUGAAUAGUAUUCUUGUUUUGUUUGUACUUUUGUAUUCUAUUUGUAUUGUUUAAAAUUAUUUUAAGGAAAUAUAAUUUAAAUUG